UUGAGUAAGCUUGUUUUUGCCAGACCAUCGUCGGUAGAUUUUGUGCUCGAAUUAACAGAUAUAAAUAGUGAUUGUAGCUUGUUUUAAGUUGUUGAACAAUACGCUAGAAAAGUAUAUUUAAUGAAGUGUUGAAAUUGUUCACUCUAUUUCAAAUGGAUCGAGCGACCACCGUUUCCGACGCGCUGAAGCGUCAACGUUUAUUAGCUGCCCAAGCAAUACGCAAAGCUAACGACAUUAGCCCACAAACUGUGCGUCAGCUGCAGGAGCGCCAUCACCCCGGAACCAAUACGGGCGCCAACUCUACGAUGCAAACAUCGUCAACGAGUAAUGUGUCAUCUCCACAGCAAAAAUCUAUCAAUAUAACGGAACUCGAGGAAGAGAAAACUAUCCAUAUGGCAACCACGCCGAGGAAGUUCACUUUUGAGCCCAAGGAAAUCACGGCUCGUUCCACCAUGAGCCAACAGCAAUCGCUGACCAUUGGUAAAUCGAAUCCAAGCAAAUUCCUUUCUGCUGGUAUCGAAGAAAUACUCGCCUCCAGCUUUGCCGAUAACAUCAGAUGUAUGGGAAAAUCGCUACGCGAAACGGCCGCCAGUGUACAUGCCGAUUUCGAUGGCGAACAACUGGCGAAUUUAAGCUUGCCGCGCACAGCAGACAUGAGCAAACUUUCCUGUGAUUCUCUUUCAUCGUUACCAUCAGGGGUCCGCACGGGAAUCGAUAAGGCCGGAAAAAAUAACCAGCCCAGUAACGAUCCUUGGGAAAUGUCGCAGCCAGCUUUCGAUAGCAGCUGGAUGAAGGACAAGAUUAACGAGUUGAGUCAAAUGGAGGAAGCAAGUUUCCGAUCCGGGGACCAUAUGGCCUCAAGGUUGCUCGAAGAUGAAAUGGCAUGGGAACAGGAAAAUGCAGACAUUCCCCAAAUGAACGCCAAACAACGACAGGUCAGCCCGGUGAAGGGUGUGCGCAAACCACAGCUAAAAGAUCACGUCGAUUUUUCCUGCUUUUCCGGAUACCUUGCCCAAGAAGAUGAAACAUCGCGACAUUACAGCGAAAGCACAAUGAACAACGACGGUAGCAUUUGUUCGGUGGGACACUACUUCAACAAAAUGUCUGACGAUCUAAAAAAUAUGGUUAGCGAUUACAGUCCGCCCCAGCGUAGGCCUCUCGCAUUGAUUGAUGUAACUAAUGAUAUAGAGAAUUUCAACAGUCCUUCAAAGGCUUCUGGCGAUUCGUCCAAAGCAGAUCAGUACGGAAAAGGCAACAAAGAAAAUUCCUUGAGCGUGUCGUGCAUCGCUAAAGCAAUAACUUCCAUGGAUUUAGAAGACUCGCCACACAAUUUUAUCCACAAACUGAAACAUGUGCAGCGCACAAAAUCCGAGCAAUUGUCAGCUGCUGACUUGGAGGAAAGAAAAGCAGCGACUUUGCCAAAAUCAUUCAGCGAUUUAGCUACGGGUUCCGAUGCCAUGUAUGGAACAAACGAAAAGCAGCCACGAGUGUCCCUGCAUAACGGUGAUUCCAAACAACAAAUCCGAGUGCCGCAAAACUAUCAACAAUCCGACACGCUCAGUUUUUCGGAGUCUAUGUUCGACUCAUCCUCUACUAUGCCGGUGUUACCACAUUCCAAAACAUCCAGUCCCAAAGCAUCGGAAAUUUCUGUAAAUCAAUCGGAAUGGCAAAGCAGAGAACCUGGCGAUAUGGUGACCCCUGCACAGGAGAAGAACAACAGGCAGGCACUGGUGGACACGUUCCGCGUAUCAACAGCAACCAAACUUUCGGAACAGUACAUGGAUUUGCCAUCGUUGCCACGAAUUAAAGACACACCUACGUGCCAGAAAAACAUCUUUGGUGAUCGUCCGAUCGCGAAACCGAAUCGCAAGCGUCGAUCGAGCUCUACAACUCGCCAGGAGCUGGAUGGAGCUAAGCGGGAAGAAUUGGCCGUGCCAUCGAACUUGACGCAGCUUCGCUCCAGAUCGCCAUCAAACCGAGCCGAACUGAAAGCAGUUAGCGCCAGCUCGAAUGAUCAUCAACUCGGCUCUAAAGCAACUGAGCAAAGAAAUGGUUCAUACCAGCCAACUCCGAAAAUUUCUCAUCAACGGAAACCGGCACCGCCAGAAACGAAUGUAUCCCGAGGCUUUGCUCGUAAAACGCAUCUCUCUCCUGAACCGCGCACUGUAAAUCGUUCGCCAUAUUCGUCACCAAAAGCAGGGCCGGAAAGGUCAUCCGUACCGUCGGAGCAGUAUGAGGAAAUAGCGGACAAAUAUAGUUUAAGGGUACCCGGUGCUCCGUCCCGUUCGGCUUCGCAGUGCUCCGGAAGUACUGAGUGGAUCAACAGGGGCGAGGGCACCCUUCCGUUGAAGGCAACCCAUAGCGAACUAUCUUGGGGAAGCACAAGAUUGCGCAAGAGCGAGAAAAAGACAAUGCAAAUUAAAAACACAUCCAAUCGAAAGUUGCUGGUGAAGGCGGUCAUUGUCGGGCCGGGAUUUCAACUAUGUGGCACGGAGCAGAGCGGUCUGUUGACGCUGCAAAGUCAGGAAUGUCGUACAAUUACGGUCGAUUUUUGUCCCACAGUGAUUGGUCCGGCCAUUGGGGCUCUUUCGUUCCAUCCUCCGAACGAUGUAUUCAUCCAGCGAGUGGUGAGCUUGUAUGGCUAUGGUGGAGAAGCGUCAAUUAAAAUCGAAGGCAUACAGAAGGGUCCGAGUGGACCGUUCUUGGAACUUGGCAGUGCGCGCAAUCUGGGGCGUCCGUUGGAAAAGAGCUUUUCGCUGUACAACAAGGGCUCUUUGCCAGCGUUCGCGCGCAUCGGCAUAGACAAGAAAGGGCUCGACCAGGCGCUGCUGGCCACGGCCGUGUACGUUCAACCACAGCGAACGAUCAUUCCGCCGAACAGUUAUGCUCACAUCAAGGUCGUAUUCAAACCACGGCGGCAAGAGAUUGCCAAAAUUUUACAGAAACAGGUCGAUGUGCUGUCAAUUACAAAUCUGCACAUCCUGUGGGGCGAUGAGCCAACACGGCACCGGAUAUGUAAGAACAUUACUCUCGCGAAACAGAAUAAUCUGAUCGAUCCAAAGAUGGCCGCUCUGGAAUCAAUCUGCACUAAGUUCUCCGACGCAGAGGAACUGGACGGGUUGGAUAUGUUUUGCGAACAGGUGUUCGAUACCAUUCACGAACUAUUCCUUACCUUCCGCGAGUAUGAGCUGGUGCUAACGGUGGACCGUGCACUCGAUGAUACGAUGCUCGAUCUCUCGAUGGCGGACGGCAAUACGACACUGUUCAAGACGAUGUAUGCCAGCUCCGAGGUAGGAUCUUCGCCUAGGUUAGCGGAGGACAUGAUUUCGCCCGCCUUGCCUGGUCCUGGAGGCAACGGCGCCCAGCAUUACGGUCAGAGCACUGGUUCAGCCCUAGCCGCCAGUGCAAGCGGUUUGGUGGGUAUGCACCGACGUGACAGUGGCGAAUCGUGGUCCGUGCGACCGACGAUGCUCGAAUUUCAGCCGUCCACCGAGAGGACUAAGCAGUUUGUGAUAAAGAGCAACUUUUACACGGUGCAGUACUUUGAGCUAAACUCCAACUAUAGGCAACUAUUUCGACUAUCUCCCUACGAGGGCCACAUUCGCCCCGGUCAGGAAGUUGUUGUUAACGUUUCUCUUCAGCACCUCCAACCGAUCGGGGUGGGCGGUACACAGCCCUCGAUCGUUAUAGUGGUUUACAUUGAAAACGAAAAGAUCAGCAUUCCCGUUCAAAUACACUAUGGGAAUUGAUUGAAGGCGGUCGGUCUUACUGGACACGCUGUUUGCCAAUACGUCCACUAGCUCUGUAGCUCGCCGAUAUAAUAAGCCGAUAUUAUGUUUAAUUGUAUUCGUGUUUUGCAAUCUCUUUCCCAGUGUACUUUUAAAUUGACACUAUUUAUAAUAAAUAUUUUACAUGUUAUGCACAU